UACGCCAGUUAUCAUUUUGUUUAUACAGCCAGCCAUUUAAUGUGUAGAGCUUUUUUUUGUUUCCGCGGUAUAAAAAUGAUCAACAAAAUCGAAAUGAAAUUCUUGGAUUCAUCAUCAUCAUCAUCAUUUCAUCAAAAAUUUAAAACGAAAUGGAAAUCUAUUCGAUGAGAAUAAUAAUAGUGAUUAUUCUCAAUCUUUCCAUGGCAUUAUCAAUGGAUCGAAUCGAUGUUCAAUUACGUCGUGAACAAUUUCGAUUAUUUCAAUUAUAUCAACAACAAUGUUGGAUACAAAAUCGUCCAAUCAAAGUGGAUCAACUUUUAUCGUUGAUAAAUCAAUGUGCACGACCACAUUUAAUGAGAGCUGAUUUUAUUCCGCAUGAUAUAUUUCCAUAUCAUUUUGAUCGAAUCAAUUAUGAAUGUCUUAAUGGUUUUGUCAGUCCACAAUGGAAUAUUUGUGAUCAAUUUGUAUUGGAUUCAAUGAUGAAAUGUUGGCUACAACCAAAAGAUAUGGCCAUUUGGUUUCGAUUACAAUUAUUAUAUCAAUGGAAUCGUGAUUCUAUGGCAACAUUGGUUGAACAAAUAAUGAAUGAUUGUACGUAUCUAUUGGAAAUGAUAAACAAGAAAAAUAUGGAUGAAAAUGGCAAUAAUGAAAUCGUAGACAAACGAAAUCAAACAAAAUCUUUGUAAUUUAAUAAUCCUGUAAUCAUAAUCAUUAUGGUCAUCAUCAUCAUCAUCGAAUGACCUUGUGUGUGUGUUUACAAACAUUAUAAACCACACAAUUGACCAUUGACACAUGCAUGUGUGAACAUCAAACAGAACAAAUAAAGCACAACAAAAAAAAUUUUAUUAAUGUCAACAAGGUCAUUGCAAUGCAUGAAAAAAAACAACAACAACAACAACAACAACAUCUGGCAACAUCUUUAUUCUAUGGCCAAACGAAAACAAAAAAAAAAAAAAAGGAGAAAAAACUCUUGUUCAUCUUUACCAAUAAAAUCACAAGACUUGUGAACUGAUCGCAUCACCAAAAACCACCACCACCCCUCCCCGUCACACAUACAAUCAAGCAUCAUCAAACAAUUGGUGGAUUUCAUUUUUAUUCAUUCAGAUUGAUGGAAUGAUGAUAUUAUUAUAUAUAUAU